AUGGGGGACCAGCCGCCUGACCCCGAGUACCCCUCCCGCCAGCCCUGGAGCCGGCAGGGUUCCCAGGGCUCGGAGCCGCGGCGCAGCGGGGAGCUCUCGCAGCCCCAGGCCCUGUCGGAGGAGGCGCGGCAGAUGCUGCUGUCCGAGGCGCGGGCCAGCCAGGACAGCCGCUCCAGCCUCCCCCGGCACAGCCUCCGCUGGUCCCAGGGCGCCGGGCUGCCCCUAAACGAGAACCUGCCCAUGAUGGCCCCGGACGCCCGGGCGACCAGCCUGGAGUACCCCACGGGGCUGGGCUUCCCCCCGGAGUUCCAGGCCCAGGGCUACAUGAGCGAGGGCAGGGUCUCGGCCGGCGAGCACACCACCCAGCUGCUGCUGCAGCAGCUCCAGCAGGGCUCCGGCGGCCUCUUCCAGCAGUUCGAGUCCCCCUACCAGGACCCCCGGGCCAACCUGGGCCAGUUCAGCUUCUACCCGAGGGAAGAGCAGUUCGGCGAGGACACCCCGCACGGGCCCUACCUCAGGGAUGACCCUGCCCUGCCCUUCCUGCCCUCGGACCUGGGCUUCGUGCCUUUCCACGGGGAGAUGCCCGAGCCUCACCCCCGGGAGCUGGCCGUGCAGAACGCCAAGGCCUACUUGCUGCAGACCAGCGUGGGCUGCGAACUCAGCCUGUAUGAACACCUGGUGAACCUGCUGACCAAGAUCCUGAACCAGCGGCCCGAGGACCCCUUGUCCAUCCUGGAGUUUCUGAACCGCACCACGCAGAGCGAGUGGUUCCACCCCAAGGUGGACACGCUGCAGGACGACCCCGAGAUGCAGCCCACCUUCGAGAUGGCGGAGAAGCAGAAGUCGCUGUUCUCGCGCGGCGGCGGCGGGGAGGGCGAGCAGGAGAUGGAGGAGGAGGUGACGGAGACGGUGGUGCCCAACAUCAUGGAGGCGGCCUUCUACUUCCAGCAGGCGGGCGUGGGCCUGAGCGCCGACGAGAGCUUCCGCAUCUUCCUGGCCAUGAAGCAGCUGGCCGAGCAGCAGCCGGUGCACACGUGCCGCUUCUGGGGCAAGGUGCUGGGGCUGAGCCGCAGCUACGUGGUGGCCGAGGUGGAGUUCCGGGAGGGCGAGGAGGAGGCCGAGGAGGAGGAGGCCGAGGAGCUGCUGGAGGGCGGCGACGUGCUGGAGCCGCACAGCGAGGAGGAGGCCGAGGAGGACGAGGAGAAGGCGGCCGCCGCGCCGCCGCAGCCCACCUGGCGGCCGCCGCCCGCCACGCCGCGCGAGGAGAGCCGCACGGGCGCCAACAAGUACCUGUACUUCGUGUGCAGCGAGCCGGGCCGCCCGUGGGCGCGCCUGCCGCACGUGACGCCGGCGCAGAUCGUGCAGGCGCGCAAGAUCAAGAAGUUCUUCACGGGCCACCUGGACGCGCCCGUGCUCAGCUACCCGCCCUUCCCGGGCAACGAGGCCAACUACCUGCGCGCGCAGAUCGCGCGCAUCUCGGCCGCCACGCACAUCAGCCCGCUCGGCUUCUACCAGUUCGGGGAGGAGGAGGGCGACGAGGAGGAGGAGGGCGGCGCGGGGCGCGACUCGUUCGAGGAGAACCCGGACUUCGAGGGCAUCCCCGUGCUGGAGCUGGUGGACUCCAUGGCCAACUGGGUGCACCACGCGCAGCACAUCCUGCCGCAGGGCCGCUGCACGUGGGUGAACCCUCUGCAGAAGACAGAGGAAGAGGAGGAGCUGGGUGAGGAGGAAGAGAAGGCGGACGAGGGGGUGGAGGAGGUGGAGCAGGAGGUGGGACCCCCGCUGCUGACGCCGCUCUCGGAAGAUGCAGAGAUCAUGCACAUGUCCCCCUGGACCACCCGCCUGUCCUGCAGCCUCUGCCCGCAGUACUCCGUGGCCAUCGUGCGCUCCAACCUCUGGCCAGGCGCCUACACCUACGCCAUUGGCAAGAAGUUCGAGAACAUCUACAUCGGCUGGGGCCACAAGUACAGCCCGGACAACUUCAACCCGGCCCUGCCAGCCCCCAUCCAGCAUGAGUACCCCAGCGGCCCCGAGAUCACCGAGAUGAGCGACCCCACGGUGGAGGAGGAGCAGGCGCUCAAGGCGGCCCAGGAGCAAGCCCUGGCCGCCACGGAGGAGGAGGAGGAGGACGAGGAGGAAGACGAAGACGAGGAGACGGAUGACUGA